AUGUCUUCAGCAUUCGGCCCAAUCGCAGAGGAACACCAGGACAAAUUUGACCUCGGAAUUUGGCACGCGCUCUUCAACUGGGCAAACCUGACGGUCGCUGUCCAAAAUCAAUGGGGCGGCCCCGACUCUUCAGAUAAACGCGACUGGCUCGCCGGCCAGAUUUCAGAACUCUUCGCAGCCGAGCCUCUGACAGAUGCGGAGGAUGUCGAAGUUGUCCUCCUACAGGUCCUCGAGGACGAAUUCGGCGUUCGGGUAGAAGACGAGACCGAGGUCGCCGUUGCGCGCGAGAUCAUGACGAUACGGAAGGAGAUUGGCGAGGGCAACACGGCGACGGUGGAUGCGCUGCAGAAGAAGUGGCAAGAGCGCAAAGGAAAGGAAGUCUCGACUGGCAGCGUUAAUGUCAAGGAGACAAACCAAGAGGGGGAAUGGGACAGUGUGGAUGAGGAGAGCGACGAAGACGAUGAUGUCGAAAUGGGCGAAGCGCCUGCGCUUGUGCCCGCGAAACCGAAGCCAGAGCCAGAGGUGGACGAUGAGGGCUUCACAAAGCUCUCGCCCAACACACAAUCCCUCUGGAUCUUGCUCCCCUUCUGGACUAUCGUAGCUAUGGAUUCCGCCUACGACCACAUCCAGGAGGAGAGCUACCCGCAGGACCCCACCAAGCAGUCGUCCGCCAGCGGAGAUAACACCCACCAGGAGACAGCUAACAACUUCAACGCCGAGUUCCAAGAUGCUUAUAAAGCCAUAUCGAGCAGCCCUUGGGCUGCGCGCUUGGGAGGGUUCCUGGGUAACGUGAGGAAGCAGGGCGAGCAAUACUACGACAAUGCGAGCAAGCAAUAUGCGCCAUUGACCAAGAACGCUCAGGCUAGUGUUUCCAACAUCAUCAGUCACGCGCGAAAGAUUUCCCUCCAGCCCGGCGACGCUUCAACCUCCAAAUCCGCAUCCACCGACAAGGACGCUUCUGCCGAGAAGGCAAAGGAAGACACGGAAGCCCACCCCGACCGUCCUGAGUCCCUUGCCGCAGACAUUGUAAAGGAAGCAGAAGGCAUACUAUCGCGCUUCCGCUCCGAAGCUGCUAAAAGGCUCAAAGACGUCGAAAAGGCAGAAGACGCCGCCGACGAGGCACUCCUCAAAUUCGGCAGCAAUAUCCGCAACUUCCUCCGCGACGCUGUCACCAUCGCGCCUCCCGAAGCGGGCUCCGAGGCUGACAAGAAUGGCGACGUACUCUUCGAGUCCAAGGAUAGCAGCGGCAAGAAGGUUGUUCAUGCGACACGCUUCGACGCACAGCUCCAUGUUAUUCACUCGACACUCGACUCUUUCCUCAAAGAUCCUGCGAGCCCAGAGUGGGAGAAGUGGAAGGCGGCUUUUGAUGUGGACAAGAAGACUGAGGCUAUUGCCAAAGAUCUCGAGAAGCAUGAGGAGCUGAGGAGUGCAAUGGAGAAAUGUGUUCCGGAGAAGGUCGAAUACAAGGUCUUUUGGUGCAGAUACUACUUCCUCCGCCAUGUCAUUGAGAGUGAGGAGCAGAGGAGGAGGGAAAUGCUCAAGGCAUCUACACCUGCCGCCGACGAAGAAGUAGCCUGGGACGAAGACUCCGAGGAGGAAGAAGAGGAAGAGGAAUCAGACGACGAUGAGGAAGAGGAUGACGAAGAGGAGUCUUCCGAGGAGGAAGACUCUGAUGAUGAUUCUGAUGACGAUAACGCUACUGUUACAAAGCCCUCUACCACAAAACCCACCCCGGCACCCAAAACAAGCACACCCAAGCCAACCGACCUGACCGCCUCUGUCAACACUCUCAAACCUACCGAAGAAACCAGCAAACCUGCCACAACACCUGCAGCUUCAGCACAACCCCGUCGAUCAAACGAUGAGAAGAGCGUGGCCGAUAGCGAUGCCAGUUAUGAUGUAGUCUCUGGAACGACAACAAGGACGCCAAGUGUAGGAGAUGGAAAGAAGAAAGUUGUGGCUGAGGAGAGUGACGAAGAGGAAGAUUGGGAAUAA